GCUUUUAAUUAACAACAAUACAUUUUUUUGUCAUGUAAUAAAUAAAUUAAAACUGUGUACAACUCUAACCUGGUAAACUUCAACACUAGAGAUAAUGAAUAACUUAACAAAGUGGCUUUCGGAAACUCCGAAUUUCACAUCAUUUAGAAUCAAUAAAUUGAAAGAAUUUGAUAUUAAAAAUCUCAGAGAAUAUUUAGAAACACAAAAUCAUGAAUUAGGCAUACAGCAAAUACCAAACACAUAUUUAUUAAAAGAAGAUUGCCUUAUUGUUGAAAAGUGGCCAGAAAAUGUAUGCCUGGAAAAAUGUGAUAGGGAAGUAAUAGUUGAUGUAUCAUGUGCAACUGCGGUACUGAGAGGUGCUCAUGUGUUUGCACCUGGAGUUUUAGCACUACCAACUAGUUGUAAGUUGAAUGAGAGAGUUGAUGUGUAUGGAGAUUUAGAUGGUCAAUGCAAAAGAGGUCUCAAAGUUCCUUAUGAAGGUAGAAAAAUAUAUGUCGGAACAGGUUAUUUAAAAAUGCAACGCUAUCAUUUAUUUGACAAUGGUGUCCAGCCAAGUGGUAUUGCCAUACACAUGUUGUUACCAGCUUCAAGGUUGCCAGUUAUAAAUGAAUCUAUUUAUCCAGUGGGUCACAUUUUAUUACAAAACCUCCCUUCAAUUGUUGUUGGUUGGGUUCUGAAUGUGAAACCUGGUGAACACAUUCUUGAUAUGUGUGCAGCACCUGGAAAUAAAACAACACAUUUAGCUGAGAUGUCAAAUAACCAGGCACAUAUAAUUGCUUUAGAUAAAACAAAACAGAAAACAGACAAGAUAAGUAAGAAUUUAGAAGCGCAUGGAAUAACUUGUGUUAAAGUAUUCCCAUAUAACUCUGAAAAAUGUUAUACAAAUAACAGUGAGGCAGAAAUAAAUGAACCACCAUUUCCAUUGAAUAGUUUUGAUAAAGUGCUUUUGGAUGCCCCGUGUAGUGGCUUAGGACAAAGGCCACAGUUAACUAAUACUGUUACCCCCAAGAUGUUGCAAUCAUAUAAACAUGUUCAAAGAAAAUUAUUCGAAGCGGCAAUCAAAGUAUUGAAAGUUGAUGGUAUACUUGUGUAUAGUACAUGUACAAUAACUGAAGAAGAAAAUGAAAGAAUGGUUGCAUGGGUGUUAAAGAAGUUUCCGAAUAUGCAAUUGGUUCCUGCGGAACCCCUCCUUGGAGGACCAGGCUUACCAAAUGUUGGGUUGUCCGAUGAACAGAGAAUCAUGGUACAACGUUUUGGGCCCGAAGAAGACCCACUAAGGCAAGUUCACGACAUUUACAAAAAUAGUAUAGGAUUUUUUACUGCUAAGUUUAUAAAAAUCAAAUAAUAUUUUACACAAAAAAAAAAUUGUA